CCGAACGGUUGUCCCCGGCGCCGCGGCAGACAGACUUACACAAGAUACCAGACCCUGGAGCUGGAAAAGGAGUUCCACUUUAACCAUUACCUCACGCGGCGGCGGCGGAUCGAAAUUGCGCACGCGCUGUGUCUGAGCGAGCGCCAAGUGAAAAUCUGGUUCCAGAACCGCCGCAUGAAACUCAAGAAGGAAAUGCGAGCCGUGCGGGAAAUCAACGAACAAGCCCGUCGGGAACGCGAGGAACAAGAACAGAGAACGAGGGCUAAGCGAUCGUCGACUUCCGCCGCCGCCGCCGCCGUCGGCGCUCCGGCGGCAACGGCGUCCGACUUGAGCUCCAGCGGCGCAGCUGCUGCUGCUGCCUCCGCCGCAGCAGGAGUGACACCUGCUGGUGGUGCUGCUGCUUCGUCUUCUUCUUCGUCUGUGAGGACUGUAGUGGGACAACGGCGGCCGACGAUGAACGACGAAGACGACGAUUCCUGUGACAGCCCUGAUUCUUCCUAA